UUCAAGACAUUCAUUAUUAACAAAAUACAAGGUAAAAAGAGUGCGUACGAUCCUCCUAUACUUUACCCAUAUACUGUGUGUGACUUAGACAGAAGAGCCAGUUGAUCGCUGCUACACAAACUGGUGCAAAUUGCACUGUAUGUGAUUGGUUCGUCACAUGUACCAGUCAGGACUACGGAAUCACAUAUAUUUCCAGGUAACAGCUAAUACCGCGUGAUUCAGUAGGAUUGGUGAUUCUCUGUGAUGCCAAACAGGAUAGUUUACAAAACAAGAUUAAGGCGCUAGGGAGGAAUUUUUUAAACUGGAUGGUGAAUAAUUCAAUACAGCAAUUAGAAAGGAAUAUGACAAUACUACGUGGGCCAGCAAAAAUCGGGUCUCAGACUUUUAAAAAAAGAAAAAGAAAGAAAUAAGAAAAAUAUGGACCAAAAGAACUGAGGUGACGUCUUGGUCGCUGGACUCGAUACUUUAUCAUGAACAACGCCAGCAAUGCCAGUUUAACACAUGUUGACCAGAAAGAAGGAACGGUGGAUGGAAUUACCACUCUUAGGUCAAUACAGGAAACCGUCGCGUUCGGGACACUCCUAGGGGUAAUCAUUGUAAUCACCAUCGUGGGAAACGCAUUAGUUUUAGUUUCGUUUAUCACAGAGAGAAAACUUCGGAUUUUGAUCAACUAUCCUAUUAUAUCUUUGGCAUUGACAGAUUUUCUCUUAGCAACUGUAGUUCUGCCUUUCAGUGCCAUCUAUACAGCUACUUUUAACUUCCCUUUGGGUGCCAUUUGGUGUAACAUCUACAUUUCUUUUGAUGUUAUGCUGUGCAAAGCAUCCAUUUGGAAUAUCACCGCUGUGAGUAUUGAUCGCUACAUUGCAGUCACAUGGCCAAUGGAGUACCGCCAACACAUCAACAAAAGAAAAGUAUUAAUUGGUCUGGUGACAAUAUGGUUUUUUGCAGCAGUAACAGCUUUUAUCCCAAUAUAUUUGGGAUGGAACACCAAAGAUGGCUUGAUACAAAACAUGAACCAAUAUGAAAGCCAGUCAUGUUACUUGGCAGUUGAGAAUCUCUCUUACAGUAUUGUGCUUUUAUUAACCGACUUUGUCAUUCCACUAAUUGUGCUCCUGUUCACCUACGUGCAAGUUCUCGUCAUUGCACGCCGCCAAGCUAAGCUCAUUAAACCUCACUAUACCAACAUAUGUGGAGAGGUUCCGACCCUCAAUACCAAAGAACUGAAAGCGACUAUCAUGCUAUCAGCAGUGAUUGCUACUUAUCUUGUGUGUUGGAUUCUGUAUAUGGUAACCUUUGCCAUCAAACCAUUUAUAUCUCACAUGGAUACCAACCUGGACCUGACUGCACUAUGGCUAGGCUAUUUAAAUUCGACAGCAAACCCAUUCGUUUACGCAGUAACACACUCCAAAUUCCGUCGUGCUUUCACCAAACUUCUCUGUCCAAAAUCUCUCUGUUUCUGUUGCUACAAUGGAGAGGAGAGUUCGUUGGAUUCUUGGGGUACCUUUGCCCCAACAAACGCCAGUUUACCACCUAUUAUAAAUGUAACCAAUGGAAAUACCAUAGCCUUGAAAUCUCUGAAAGACGUCGAGCCUUCUGGGACCUCUGUUUGAUUCUCAUCAUAAAGAGGACUCUUCAUACAGAGGACAAAAAUCUGGACCAGAUAUUAACUGUACUGAAUCACUUUGUCUCAGCAGACAUCCCAAUUGAUUACCAUUGGAUGUAAACGAUGGCGGAAUAAAAAGUCUGAUGGUCUCGCUGUGUCCUAUGAUGGUGUUUAUUAUAUCUGCAGUAUUAUUUAAUUCAGCUUGUGAUCAGACCCUUGCUUGAAGAUUGAAAAAUUGAAAUUUGGUUUAGAAAUAUGAUAUAAUUAUAACAAAAUAUUGUGUCUGAAGGUACUGUUAUACCAUUUGGUGUCAUCAACAAUAUUUUAGUAUGCAGUACUACGGGCAUAGAUAACAUAGCAUGAAACGAUUACCUAAUGCAUUCCCUUUUUAAGAUGGAUGAAAAUUGAUUUGUGUUUCUUUUUUUGAUGAUACCGAAUGCUUGUGUAAAGUAAAGGUAAAAGAGCAAAAUUCCUAGGGGGAUUAAAUAAUGUCUGCAGCAAGUUUGAAAAGCUUUAAAAGAGAUGGUUUGAGGCAAUGUACCUAUCAAUUAAUGGCAACCAGCAGAAUGAUAAAACCUGAAGCUGUUACUUACUUGGAACAAGUAAAUGGCACAAAUUGGGAAAUUAACUGAGGAAUUCAUGAUUUCAUAUAGCUUCAAACAUAUAAAACCUCAAGUCAUGCUAUUUUGCUGUAAAUUGCACUUUUUAAAGAAAAAAAUGGACACUAGAGAAAUUUAAAAAGAUGAAUGAACACUGUGGCAAGAAAGUAUAUUUUGUAGAAAAUAAAGCAUUAAAAAUGUAUGACAAGUUACUUCAUUGUGCAAAUAUCUGAAGACAACAUUAUAAUUCAUAAUUUUUCAUAAUUUUUGCUCAGUAUAGAUGAAUACUUUAAUGAACCUAAAAUAUGUUCUAGCAUAAAGAAUCUUAGCCUUUAAAAGUUUGGAAGAACUGUCAUCAUAAACAUUUUCAGACCACCAAGCACUGCAAGAAGCAUUAAUUUUGUAAAGUCAAAAAUGUGCCGCAAGCUGCCUUAGGUCAUUCAUCAAUCUGUA